UCAAAGGUUUCUAAAAGCAUCAAAUAUACACUUAAUUGUAUAUUAAAAAUAGAAGACGCGCUAAUUAUUAAAUUGUAUUUAAUACAGAUAGAUUUUGGUUGAGGUUAAGCUUAUCAACAAAGCACCAAAAGUGGAACGCCUAUAGGAAGCAAUAGAGAGUGACUGACGUUCAUAUAAUUUCCAAUGGUUGUACUUUUAAUGCAAAAAUGCCUGGGGAUGUGAAAUAUUCAGUACUUCCGGCGAAAUUAGGAGGAGGACCACAUAAUUUAGGCGAUCCCAAUGAUAAAUCUUUAAGAAAGGUAGAAAAAGAUGUACUUAUACCGCAAAAAAUGAGAAAUAAGGCAAGAGAGGAAAAGUGUGUUAAAGAAGUUAAAGAGUUCUCAAAGUGUUGUAAAGAUGCUAGUUUUGCAAUGGUUUAUAAAUGCAGAGAAGAGAAUACUGCUUUAAAAGCAUGUUUAACAAAGUGGUACACCGAUGAACAAUUUAGGGAACAAUGUACACAAGAGUAUUUACAUGAAAGAAGUGAAUUUCGAAGGACUGGGGUAGGAUUGAAUAACAAACUAAAAAGAAUGCAGUCUUCAUAAAUUUUUGUUAUUCAUAAUAAUGGAAAUAUUAAAAAAGCAUCAUAAAUCUUUAUGAAAUGUAACACAGGAAAAUAUGAUUUAGUAAAACAAAUAGAAUUUAUUAUUUUCAGUACAUGUA